AUGAGCUUCCGCUUCAGCUUCGACGAUGGACAGCCGGGUGCGGGAGUUGAGUUGCUUGAUGACAAGGCGCGAGCAGAGAUGGAGCCAUUUUACGCAGAUCAAGAUGGAGCAGCUGCAGGCAUAUCAGGAGGAGUGUCCCGCUCGUUUUUCGUCGGAGAUGCAGUACAUCUUUGUCUGUACACCGUGGUUGCUUACGGAUGGACACUCAAAGCCAAACUAGUCCCCGACGAACUCAAAUCGACGCCUGAGGCAGCAGCCUCUGGAUAUUUAGUGGUUUCCAUAAACUCCACCGGUUCGACUCCUGCUGCGUUUUCCAAAAAGGGGCAUCUUGAACCAAACUAUAGGUUUAUCGAUUCAACCCAGCUUGUCAUUACCGUCAUCUUCAUCAUCAGAUUCUUCAUCCCCGGGGAAGUAGAAUGGAGGGUCCUCCUUUAUAAGACUCCCGUCAGAUCGGAACCAAAUAACCCAUUCAGAUACCCGGAGAGGAACCGUGGGUUUGGAUAUUAUAUGACCUAUCGCCUGCGAGACGGAUUAGCCGAGGAUGAGAAGCGGAGCUCAGAUACAAGAUGCUCAAGAUACUCAAGAUACCCUCAGGGACAGGAGCUACUAUGA